CCUAAAUCUAAGACUACUAUAUACCCACUCCCCCCAAACUGCCGUUUCAGGCCAUCCGUGCUUCCUCUCCCUGUCUGCUUAUUAGUCGCCCAUACACCUUUCCCACGCCCCCCAUGGCAGACGCCGCUUUACACGAUAGCCCUGUGCCGGAUCCCGAUGCGCGCCCCUCCAGUGACGGCUCUGCCGGCCACCCCGGAGCUCUGGAGCUCCGUCCCGGGCCUCCCCCUAUGACGGAGGAAUUGAAGGCGCGUCUGGACAAGGUCAUCUAUUCAGAUAUCGGAGUCACCACCCUCCUGACCCGCUUAAAGCAAAGUGUCUCUUCUGCUAAGGAUUUCUCCACGUUCCUGAAGAAACGGUCAUCACUGGAGGAAGAGCACGCGCAAGGCUUGAGGAAGCUGUCUCGCUCCCUUCACGACUCUGCCUAUCGCAACGAGAACAGACAAGGCACCUACGGCCAGAAUUACAAUGAACUCAAUCGCUUCCACGACCGCAUGGCGGACCAUGGCCUCCAGUUCUCCGUGUCUCUGCAGCAGAUGGCCGAUGAUCUCCAGGAACUCGCAUCAAACAUUGAACGAGGCCGUAAGCAAUGGAAGCAGACCGGAUUGAGUGCGGAGAAGAGGGUGCUAGAGGCGGAGACAUCUGCAGAGAAGGCAAAGGCUAAAUAUGAAUCGCUUGCAGAGCAAUACGACCGGGUCAAGACCGGCGACAAGCAGGGUGGAAAGUUUGGCUUGAAGGGUCAUAAGUCCGCCGCGCAGCAUGAAGAAGAGCUGUUGCGCAAGGUCCAAAACGCCGAUGCAGACUAUGCGGCUAAGGUUCAGGCUGCGCAGUCGGCGCGACAGGAAUUAAUUGCGACCCAUCGGCCCCAAGCUGUGCAAAACAUCCAAAAGCUAAUCUCGGAGUGUGAUUCGGGCCUGACAUUGCAGCUGCAGAAGUUCGCAACUUUCAACGAGAAGCUUCUACUUGGACAGGGAUUGUCCAUUAGCCCAUUGAAGGAUGCCACGGCCAAUCCCAAUCUUGCCCCGAAGAGCUUAUAUGAAGUUGUUUCUCAGGUCGACAACGAGAAGGACUUCCGCGAGUAUGUUCUUAGUCAUGAGAGGAACCCUGGUGCAGUGACUUCAGACCAGAUCAGAUACCAACGUCAUCCGACGCUUGGGGGCUCCGGACCCGUUGUGCCUGCCUCUCAACCCGCCACGCAGAACAAACGGCAGUCCAUCUUUCUUCCUCAAUCCUUCUCUCAACAAAAUCUCCCUGCGUCUACUCCGGUCUCAUCUCAGCCCCCAGCUCCAGCACCAGCACCAGUAUCGGCUACGGCCCCAGCGCCGGCUCUUGCACCUGCACCGACCACAGAGCCAUUGCCAUAUCCACAAAAUCCCGACUCGUACUCGACCCCUCAUUUCCAGCCGCCUUACCCGACAUCAUCGGCCCCUUCGGAGCAUCGUCAUAUAAACCAAGCACCUGUGCCACCGGCAAAGACCCCGUUAGUACCAGCAGGGAACGGCUUCCAGUCUAGCCCCAACUUGCCUCCGCUGAAGCCGGUGUUUGGCGUUUCUUUGGAUGACCUAUAUACGCGAGAUGGGACGGCUGUUCCGAUGAUUGUUUACCAGUGCUUCCAGGCCAUUGAACUUUUUGGGUUGGACAUGGAGGGUAUCUACCGACUUUCCGGUAGUGCGACUCAUAUCAGUCAUAUGAAGGCGCUGUUUGACAAUGACUCAUCACAGGUCGAUUUUACCAACCCCGAAAACUUUUACCAUGACGUGAACAGCGUUGCUGGGCUUCUGAAGCAAUUCUUCAGAGACUUGCCUGAUCCUCUGUUCACAUCGCACACAUACACGGAAUUCAUCAGUGCAGCUCGCCUUGAUGACGACAUUCAGCGCCGCGACUCACUACAUGCGCUGGUCAACAACCUUCCCGACGCACAUUACGCUACAUUGAGGGCGUUGAUUCUGCAUCUCAACAAGAUCCAAGAGCAUUACACGCAGAAUCGCAUGAAUGCAGGAAACAUUGCGAUCUGUUUCGGUACUAGGCCUACCCUCAUGGGUGCCAAUUCUGGCGGCAACAUAGCAGAUGCUGGUUGGCAGGUGCGAGUCAUCGAGACGAUCCUCGUCAACACGUUCCAGAUUUUCGACGACGAUUGA